AGUUAGAUUCCGAACGUCACGAACACUUGUCAUGUCAUUUCUUCGCUUUCGGUUGUCCGUGGUCGCGAUUGUAGGUGGAGUUCGUUACGAAUAUUUUUUUAGUUUAGUGUUCUCGUUCUACUUUUCGAAAGCUAUCUUUUAUAUAUACGUUCAGUGCUUUGUGUUGUGUUUUAUACCCUUUUUCCAUUACUAAAGUGCUAAAAAGGCUUUGCUUAUUUCUCUUACUAUCAUUUUGUGAAUAUGAUGUCAUUUUUCUCUUUAGAACCUUGAAAACAUGAGUGUUAGUGUCGAAACGGACGUCUCUAGUCCUUUAUCUGAAAGGCAGAGUGGUACGUCUGAUAGGAUUUCCAAAUCCUCAUCCGAAGGCCAGAGUUUGAGCAAAAAUGAAGUUGUUGUGUCAGGCCAGGAAAACAAAGACAAUAAGUCAGAGCCGACCACUCCAAAGCCGCAUCCGAUGGCAUUUACGGUCGAUUUCGGUGAUUCCAAGCAAUUCGAUAACCGAAGACUCGAAGAGUUAGCCAAGAAAUCGCAGGCGAGACAUCAAAGAGUUCAGUCUAUGUCGGCAAAUGUUACUAGGCCUGUGCCAGCUCUUCAGAAGCCUCCGAUGAGUGCAAAAUUGCCUCGAAAGGCUCAAGGUUAUAACUCUGAAGGCUACUUCUCCUCUGAUCAAGAAGAUAGUGGUCUGUCUGGUUCUGUAAAACUACGACAGCAUCCCCUAACCCAAAGUAUGUAUGUAACCUCUCCUACCAACAACAGGCACGUCAAAUCGCCAACAGACUCGUUUCAAUCUAAAAGGGCAUCUAAAAGUCCUAUAGUUGACAGUAUAAUGUCAAGAAGUGACAACUUUACUUCUAGACAAGCUUUGAACCUGCCACUGAAAAACGCAAGUUCCUACAUGAGAGACGUCCAUAGAACACCUAGUUACGGUAAUUUAUCUACUAGCUAUCAAACAAAAAAUAUGGCUGAUAUAAUUGACCAAAGUCCAGAAGGAUUAUUGCUCACUGAUAUAUCUAGUCCAGAGCUUGAUGUUUUGACACCUGAUAAUUGUUUAUCAACACCGGAGCCUUCAAAGAGCCCUCUAAUACGCAAGAGCAGAGCUUCUUCAGAGACUCCUGAUCUAUUCAAAAGGUGUGUGCCAAAAGUUGAACCCUUGUAUGUUGAUGAUGAAGUAGACAGAGAGUCAGAAAAUUCAUCUACCGGCACUUAUACAAUAGAAGGUGACAAUUACACUGAAGAGCAAAAGGCUAGAAUGAGUAUAGAUAGGACUUUUGCUUCUCAUGCUAUCAAUGAAGCUAUUGAUGAUACUUUGAAGAAACGAGUCAGCAACGAAAGGGACCCAGAGCUUAUUUUUGACUUCCAAAAUCCUAGGGUUAUUACUAAAGAACCAAGAAGAGAUGUUGCCCUUAGAAGUCCUCUUAUAACCAACAAUACUUUUGAAAUGCCUAAUAAAGUCUCUAAAGACAAGAAUGUCUUAGAAAUCUCCUGUUGCUAUGAAUCUCCAACUGAAAAUGAUUUAGCUGUCCAAACUACAAAGCAGAUAAAAUCGACUAGGAGUUACUUGGAGAAAAUUAAGAAUAGGGUACGUAAUAUAACUGAAAAAACAUUUCCAAAGUCACCUCCAAAACAUGAGGGUGAUGCAGACAUCGGCAGUUUCACUUCUGUAACCACAUCUGGUGUUUUAAGCUCCAAAAAUCCUCCUAAAGUAGAGCCUCCUGUUAGAAGAAGAUGUAGUUUAACAAAAUCUGAAAUUGAUAAAACUGAUUAUAUCCAUCGCUUAUCCAGAGAAUCUUCGGUACCUGUAUCUUUGCCUAGUAACAAGCCAUUAGGAAUCGACAAUGCCAAAUUUGAGAGUACCGCAAUGAAAAAUGCACAGAAGAGUUUAAGAGAAGACAGCGGGGUCCAAUCAGACAUGACUCCAGAUAAAGUUGUAGGGAAGUUAUCGUAUUUAAGUUUGAACCGGUGUAAGGGUGACAAGACCUGGAUCCAAGAUUGGGCUGAGAGUGUUAAGAAUUACAACAAUAACACGCUGGCCACUAAAGAUGAUCUCAAUAGUACUUUUGUAGUUAAUAUGGAUGCAGAUAGGCCUCCAGCCAGUCCUCGACAUCUAUCAGGAAAACCUCGCAGUCCCCUCGGUGGUACACCCACCAAAAUACCGAGUCCAGUCAGUACUUUACUCAAUAAGAGAACACCGGACGUGAUACCAACACAAGAUACCGAAUCCUAUCUGUUGAAGACACAGAACGCUAUCACCAGUCUACAAGCCAAGCUCCAAUCCUCAAGGACCAAUAACUUCAGCAACAUUCCUUCCCAACUCACCUCGAGCCUCAUCAGCGAGAAGACCGCUAUCUCCCGGCUCCCGAUCUCACAGUUGUCACGCUCGAACUCACUCAACUAUCGCCUGAGAAGGAAAGAGAACUCUAGCGACAGUAGCCCCCUAAGAAGUCCAGGGCAUUACGUCAUCACUGGCUCGAUGAAACUACCGGAGACCACCAGAAUUCUAUUAAACUCCGCUUCGAGGUCUUUAGACACUGACCGGCGGAAAGGACGCGACUCAAAUAUGAAUAGUCCGUGCUCUGAGAGGGGUCUGUUGAGCAAUAGUUCUGAAGACAAAACACUGUCGAAUAGACCACAAUACGUAGAUGUAGACGCGAUUCUAUCACCGCACAGAAAGGCACACGUCAGGCACAAGUCAUUCGACGGUAGAAAUCAGAACGAUUUCACCGUGAACGACAUCAGUAACGCAAAUCAAACUGUCUGUCUCAAAACAGUACUUAAGAAUAACGCCUUAGACGUGGUGUACCCGAGAAUUGAUCAAACUCGUUGCUUGGAAACUAAAAAACACCAAAGAGUCUUCAGUGAUGGCAACAAGCAAUAUAAACCCCAAACAGCUUUCGGCACGUCCAUUAAGAGGUCUAGUUCUUUCAGUACUGUAAAUAAGAAUAAUAACUAUUUAGAUCCUCUCAGGAUAAACAUUAGAAGGCAGAGUAACCAUUCAGAAGAGUAUAAAGAUGAUUAUUUGUCCGACGAAUCGGACAACACGUCGUAUGAUAAGUCCCAAGAUUUGAGGUAUAAAAGGACGGUGAAUAGGGGUAGAAUCGAUUCUCCAGAUUUGAAAUCGAAAGCGCCCGCUAAUUCGCCCAGGUGUCCCAAUACACCGGAAAUGCAGAGGAAAUUCGGACCAGGUUUGGUCAGGAAUUCGGUCAGAGUAACAAACAAAGAGAGGGCCGUGAACAGUAGGCUGUCCGAGCCUCCUGUGGCUAAAGAAGAUAGGUCAAGGCCCACUAGUCAUCAGAGCAGAAGGAUUUCGGAGCCGACGAGGCAAGCAGUCAUGAAUAGACUCACAAAGUCGAGGUCUUCGACGCGAGAGCUGCAACCUAAAUGUCAGGAAAAAGGUCAAAAGAAACCUAGUCAAUACAGGUCGUCGUCAGCGCUGGCGAGUAAGGAGGUGGAAUUCUCAAACUGGAAGAAGAGAUCGUCGUAUGAUCCGAUGAAGGCCGCGCAGGAGGGCCGCAGGAGGCAGCAGCAGGCCAAGAGGGUCGACAAAGAUGACCUCAGCUCGCCCAGCCACUCAUCACCCGUCCACCGGUCGCAGUCGUUCCACACGACCAACAUCGCUGACCUGGAGGCCCUGGACUACUCGUCUGAGGACGAGCAGCUCACGUUGCCGGUGGACCCUAUGAUCACCUCCACACAUUCGGAUAUCCUGGACAUCAGGCCGAAGGGUGUAGACUUCAGGGAGAAUCUCAGGAGGCAAGCGAUGACCAACGACGUGGUUAUCUCUAGGGAUUACGUCACAAAUUUCCAGGUGAACCAACCAGUAGAUAGGAAGCGUCGCUCGGAAGCGGACAAGCGCAAAACGUUCAUAAUAGACGAUAUCACACCGACCAAAGAGAAUAUAGACUUUUUGCCGAAACGCGACGAGGCCAUAGACAAGAGGAAGACGUUCAUACUGGAUAGCGACACCAACUCGACCACCAACGGGAGCAGUCCAAGGAACUCGUCAAUAUUCAGCCACGAGAAAACCUCAUUAACAACAGGCGGCAGCGACUCGGAGGGGGAGAGCGGCCCCGACAGCGCGCCCGCCGCCGUGCGCCCGCGCGCCCGCCACGCCCACCACGCCCACGCCCACGGCAACGCGCACCAUAGGUACAGCGGCGACUACUCCAUGUCGUCGUCCACGACGUCCGCCAGCGCGCGGCGGGGCGGGGGCGGGGGUGGGGCGGUGACCCCCCGCUACCUGGACAUCUCGCGGUACCGGGCGGAGUCGUCCCCGCGCACGUUCCUGCGGCGGGACCCCAGCAAGACGUACUGCGUGCUCGCGCCGCACGACCGGCCCGCGCCGCCCGUCAGCAAGGGCAGCGCGCAACACUUAGAAAUGGAACAAAAGAAACAAGAGCUAGAGAAGUGGAAACGCAGAGCAUCGUACGACCCGCGCAAGGCCGCCGCCUUGGGCAAAAACAACAAACCGCCCCCCAAGACUGCCAGAGCGUGACAGAUGUCAAAUGCAUGCAAUUCUGGUUAGAGUGGCAUGACGGCGGCCAUCUUGUUUGUUAAGCGUACUUCGAUCUCAAUCGUUCCACGGACCAGUAUUAGUGGCGUCGACGCUUCGGUAUCAGCCGCCGCCAACACAGAUAAUUGAGAGCUACGACGCUUCGAGCGACAACGAUUUCUAAUGCGAACGCUCACAGUCGAAAAUACGAUGGCAAAUAUGUGAUAAUGUGUGCGUGUAUGUGUGGACGGCUAUGUAUGACAGUAAAGAAUUUAAGGAACGCAAGAGGAGGAUGUGUGAAUGCAAGAACACGAAACGUUAUUGUUUAUGACUGUUAUAGAAUAUGGGAAUUCUGUUACAUGUCCCUUUGCCUAAAAAGUCAUUUUGACAGAUCGUUUUGCGCUUUGACGCCAUUUUCCAAUUUUUUUUUCGAGUCAUUUUUUAUUUACUGACUGUUUAUUAUUAUUAAGAUAUGGAUUUGGGUUGAUGCAAUUUUUAGUUGUUAGCAAUGAUAUUUUUUUUUAUUUAUAUUUUCGCACAAAUUUUCAUUUGGACGAGAUGAAGUCAUAUAUUUACUUUUUUUAUAAAUUAAAUUUUGUAAUAAAAUAUCACUGUUAAGUUCGUGAAGUACAUACCUAAUAAAGAAUGAUUAAUUGUAAAUUCUAUAUGUUAGUUAAGGAUUACUUGUAAUUAAAUGUGAUUUAAUAACUUUGAUAUCUUUAUAAUCGACGAACAUUAUAUCACUUUAAGUGUCGUUAUAAAUAGCUUUAUAUUGUUAUUAAUUAUUAUCGGUAUACAACGUUAUCUUGUCAACAAUAAGCGUUAAUUUAAUGUUAUUGAUAUAAAAGUCAACGAAUAGUGGUGGCUAAGGAUUAUGUUUCGUUAGUGUAAUAAAAUAAGGCACCGGAAUUAUGGACAAAUGUGUCAUGGUCCAUUAAAUCAUAUUUAAAGUAUUAGCGCAACUACAUUAUGUAGCAUAUUGCAUGUAUAUUAUUUUUGAAAGCUAUAUUCACAAAACUAGUUAAUAAUAAAUCUUAUCGAACAUCCAACGUCUCUCAAUAUUGGCGUUAAAGUGCAAUUCGAAUUCGGUGUCACUUGUCUGUUUUUCAAUCGUAAAUAUUAUUUUAAAAUAUGUAUAUCAUAAAAAAAUGUUGGCUGUUAUUUGAAUCAUUAAGAUUUUUUUUACGAUUUGUGAUGCCUAUUAAUUAUUUAAAAGCGAAGAAAAAUAAUAACAAGAUAACGUUGUACACAAUUGCUCUGUCCAAUUUAAAGUUACGUAGAUGUUAUCUGUAUUAUUGAACAAAUUAUUUAAUUACUUUUAUUAUAUAUUAUACAUUGCUCACGUCGUCAAUACAUCGAUGUACUAUUAGUAAAAUAAAAUAAGUUUCUUUUUUUUUUAAUUAAUUUUGUGCAAUGUAAUAUCAUCACACACCCUACUCAAAAAUUGAAUAUGAAACGCAAUAUUCUUAAUGAAAAAUUCUUGAAAACUCUGCUUUUUAAGCAUUUUCUCACUAAGAAUAUUGUUCAGUAUAAUAUUGUCAAUGCAAAAUUGAUGAAAUAUAAUAAUAAAAUGUAAUGUUAUAUCAUAAUAAUUUAAAAAUGUUUUUACAGAAUAAAAUAGUUCUAUUAUGUGAUACAAAAAAUAAGUUCAAGAUAUAAUGCAAUAUUUCAUAAACUAAAAAUAACUAUGAAAGUUUAAUUUAGUAUAAUUUUACCUGUUUGUAUUGUAGAAGAAAAAAAAUAUCAUAAAGUAGGUAUUUACUUUUUAGAAUUUCUUUAAACAAUCGAUAAUUAAAAUUUAAAGUUUAUUACGCAUUUCAAAUUGCUGAAUAAAAUCAAAAAGUAUUACAAAGAUAUUUUUUUACAUCGAUUUAAUUUCAUAGACUUUGUUUGAUUUAAAAAUAAUCCAUAGACAAUGUUGAAAACUAAUUUGCAUAUGUAUCAAACAACUAUUAAAUAGUUUUUAAAUACGUAAGCCAAAACAAAAAAUGUCAAAUUGUUCCAGAUCAUGCUUAUUGUUUGUAAUAUAUUCAUAAAAUGUAUUUUUUUUUUUGUUUUGCUCCAUAUAUUUGAUAAUAUUUCCAAAAGAAGAAGUAGCCUAUGACUGAAUAUUCAAAAUGUUUUAUAAGCUUUUAUUUAGUUUCACCUGUUUGUCUUUCUGUAUAAAAUCUUGCAAACUACAUUUCAUCAACUUCCGUCUGUUUGAGCUGAAAUUUGAAAUAUAUCUUUAGUUGUGAUGAUGACAAUGCAAUUAUUAAUCCAAAAUGUCCGCCGUAACAAAAUAGCCGCGUAAGCAUAUUUUCUGAACAACCCACCCAAUACGGAUAUCAUAUGAAAGGGUAAGCCCUUUCAUUAAUGAAUAAAUUACAUCAAAUGAAUUCUUGUUUAAUUUUUACACUUCACAACCAAAAUAGGCAAGAAAAGAAUUGAAAAAAUAAACUUUUGUCUAUGGUUUAUAAAAGUAGAUAAUAUCAUAUCACAAACAAAGUAAAUAAACUAGUGACAGCCGUUUAACAGUAGAAAAAGUUUUUUUAUGUUAAUACCUGUUUCAUCAAUAAUGAGUAGUUUUUUAUAGUUUUCUUUUCUGUAGUAAAAGCAUUCGAUUUGUAUUAUAAAACGCUAAGUAGAAUAUGUAUUGUAACGCUCCAAUCGAUGUUUAGCAUUUCAUUAAAAAAGAAACUUUUAUUUAAACAAAUGAAAUAAAUAAGACCUAUAAAUC